AUGUGCUCUCUCAGCGCGGCCAAUGCCAAGUUCUGUCUUGACUUUUUCAGAGAGCUGAGCAAAAGAAAAAGAAAUGAAAACAUCUUCUUCUCCCCACUAAGUCUCUCAGCUGCCUUUGGGAUGGUUGUCCUUGGAGCCAGGGGGAGCACACUCAAGCAGAUAGAGAAGUGUGAAGAAGCUGAAGGAGUCCAUUCCCAGUUCCAGGCCCUGCUGGCUGCGGUCAGUGAACCCAGACCAGGCUGCUCUCUCACCAUUGCCAACAGGCUCUUUGGAGAAAUUACUUAUCCGUUCUUCCAGCAAUACUUGGAUUCCACAAAGAAAUUCUAUCGAGCAGAACUGGAACCAGUCGAUUUUAAAUACACUGAAGAAGAAGCCAGAGAGAAGAUUAACUUCUGGGUGGAAAAUGAGACAAAAGGUAAAAUCAAAGACCUAUUUGCUGCUGGGUUUAUUGAUCCCUCUACUGUACUUGUCCUGGUCAAUGCUAUAUAUUUUAAAGGAAAGUGGGCAGUAGAAUUUAAGAAAGAAGACACUAAGGAAGCAUAUUUCCAACUGAACAAGAAUGAGAAGAGGACAGUGCAGAUGAUGUUUCAAGAAGGUUAUUUUAACAUGGCCAUCAUAGAGGAACUGAAAAUGAAAGUGAUAGAGCUCCCGUACUUUAAUAAUGAACUGAGCAUGUUCAUUCUUCUUCCUGAAGUUGUCUGUGAGGACUUUACUGGCCUAGAACAGCUUGAAUGCACCCUCACAUAUGAAAAACUAGCAGGAUGGACCAGCUCGGCCAGGAUGCAACAUUUGAAAGUGAAGGUGUACCUGCCGCAGUUCAAGAUGGAGGAAAGUUAUCUUCUCAACAAAACCCUCCAGGAGAUGGGCUUGAUGAAUGUUUUUGACUGGGGAAAAGCUGAUCUGUCGGGAAUCUCUAGGAAAGAUGGUUUGGUUGUGUCCAAGGCCAUCCAGAAGUCCUUCGUGGAAGUCAGUGAGGAGGGCACUGAAGCAGUUGGUGCCAUGGGGCUUUUUCCAGUGCCUCUGUGUAGCCCAGUUUCUUAUGAGUUCAAAGCUGACCAUCCAUUCCUCUUCUUCAUCAGACACAAUCCAACCAACACUAUUCUCUUCUUUGGAAGAUAUAUCUCCCCUUAA